UACGACCCGCAUUCUACUUGCAUUGUUCCGCCUGAUUAUCAGGCCGCCGGGAGUCCUUUCAUAUGCUACCAUUCGCAAUCGAUAUCAUGUCAUCAUGUCAGCCCAGAGAAGAGUGCCGCUCCGUGUUCUGAAUGUCACAACCGAGAGCUUCCAAGAAGUUCGAAACGUGCCAGGCCUACGGUACGGCAUCAUAUCACAUCGAUGGCUCACGCAAGAGCCAACCUUUGAGCAAUGGGAGAAGCGUGAGCCUCGCAGCGGCACUGAGCCCCAGGACCCAACGGUGGAGAGCCCCGGCGUGCAGAAGAUCAAGAACUUGUGCGCCUUCAUCCGGGAGAACUUUCCGGACAUACAGUACAUGUGGAUUGAUACGUGCUGCAUCGAUAAGAGAAGCGCUUAUGAGCUUAUGGUCAGCAUUCCCUCCAUGUUCGAAUGGUAUCGAUCUGCGGUUGUGUGCCUGGCGUACUUGAGUGACGUCGAUACGAUGCCGGACGAGUCGAUGUGGGAGGAUGACUUUCGUGGGAGCGCGUGGCAUACUCGGGGCUGGACCCUGCAAGAGCUGCUCGCUCCGAAAAUGGUUAUCUUCCUCAACAAUAAAUUCCGGGUCAUGGGUUACAAGGGCACCGAAGCUGAUGCUCUCGCCCAACGAAUUGCGUGUGGUACAGGACCAUGUCUCAACGCUCCACUUUCUCGAAUCACCGAUAUUGAUCAGAGAUAUUUCGGAGACGAGACUGCGCUUGCCAACGUUGACCUCGCGACUGUGAGAUGCUGGAUGAACGGACGCAGCACGACUGAAGAGGAGGACAUGAUCUACUGUGUGCUCGGCAUCCUCAACGUUCACCUCAACCCGGAGUAUUCGGAAGGAUUCCUCAAGGCUCAAGACCGCUUGCUGGAGGAACUCCGGAGACGUUCUCGUGGUCACUAUGCGCGGCUGGGCCCAACUGCGACUUCACUGCUGCCCGCUUCAUCGCCAUCGCGUCAUGGCGCAGCACCGGCUCAAUCCUGGGAGAUGACCAACACCACCGGCGCAAUGCAUCGUGCGCGAAUCAAAUACGUUGAAGCUUCUGGAAAGCAAGGAGAUCCUCGGAGCCGACGAUGCUGUAGCCGGCUUGGUAAAGGAACUCGUGUGUGUGUAUGGAUCCUUUUCUCGCUCCUGAUUGUCGGCCCAAUCGCCGCUUCUGUAGUGGUCGUCAAGCAAAUAAACGACAGGCGAGCUGCUGCCAAUUCUUCGGUGUGAGGAAGUGUGGAGACCUCCGAAGUACGCUCCUCGCAGCAACGAUGCUCCGCAUACCUCGAUUGCCGUGCUGCACAACCUCGGAGGCACUGCAAUCGUGAAUUUGAAUUGUCGGCUGGUCCGAUAUGGGAGGUGAGUAAUUAUGCGUACCUGUCAGCGGGAACGAGAAGAAUCGAGCGUAGAUUAGAGAUCGCAUCGAGCAGGGCUCUGCGAGUCAUGACGAUGCCAGCCUGUCCGAU